AUGACCCUAUUGAAGAUGUUGCCUGAAGACUGUCUACACACGAUCCUAUCAUUAGCUUCACCAAAAGAUGUUUGUUCUUUCUCUCUUGUCUCUUCAUUUUCACAUAUCGUCGCCAAUCAUGAUGUUGUUUGGGAGAAAUUCCUACCGUCCGAUUAUCGUGAAAUUAUGGGGAGAGCUAUCCCUAUUCAUCGCCCUAUCGAAUUCUCUUCCAUGAAAGAUCUUUACUUUCGCCUUUGUGACGAACCCCUUCUCAUAGAUAACGGUAACCAGAGCUUCUCUUUGGAAAGAUCAACAGGAAAGAAGUGUUACAUGUUGUCAGCUAAACUACUUUCUAUUACUUGGGGAGAUGAUCCAAUGAGUUGGGCAUGGAUAUCUUCGUAUCCCAAUUCAAGGUUUGAAAAGACAGCAUAUUUGAGGUCAAUGUGCUGGUUAGGAAUAAAAGGGAAGAUCAAAACCAAUAUCCUAUCUCCAAACACGACAUAUGGAGCUUAUCUGGUACUCAAUAUCAGCCACAAUUCUUACGGUCUCGAUGUCAUUCCGUCUGAGACAUCCAUGGAGGUCGGAGAGAAGGUGGUUAGUCGUGGCUCGGUUUACCUCUGCCGGAAUGAGGUGGACAUGGUGAAGCAGAGGAGUGGCGACCUGCCGGCGAAAAGAGAGGAUGGGUGGUUAGAGGUAGAGCUGGGAGAGGUGUUUAUUGGGGAAGAAGGGAAUGAUGAUGAAGAAUUGAAGAUGAGUCUUAUGGAAAUGAAAGGUUAUCAAUUGAAAGGUGGACUUGUUGUUCAAGGAAUUGAAAUUCGACCUAAGUAUUUGCCCAAAUACCUAAACUAA